UCAUAUCAUAGACAAGAAGACCUAUACUAUUUAUAUACCCAUUAACAGUUUCAAGUUCAGCCAACCAAACCUGCCUCAUUCAAAUUAAGGAAUUGAUCAUUCAUAUUGAAAUUGAUCCAGUUUAGUACCAAGAUGGGUAUGGUUUUAGGAAAGAUACCCGUGGAGACUCCAAAGUACCAAGUCAUUCGAUCCUUUACCGACUAUGAAAUCCGGAAAUAUGCACCCUCUGUGAUAGCUCAAGUCACGUAUGAUCCAUCACAUGAGUUUAAGGGUGACAAAGAUGGCGGAUUCACUUUGUUGGCCAACUACAUCGGAGUAUUUGGCAAUCCACAGAACUUGAAGCCAGAAAAGAUCGCCAUGACGGCUCCGGUGAUCACCAAAACACCCGAAACCUCUAGCUCUGCCGAGAAGAUUGCAAUGACUGCUCCUGUUGUGACAAAGAGCAGAGGAGGGGGAGAAGAGAAAAAGAUGGUGACCAUGCAAUUUUUGUUGCCGGAUAUGUACCGAAAAGCCGAGGAUGCGCCGAAGCCAGUGGACAAGAGGGUGGAGAUUGUUGAGGAAGUGGAGAGGAAAUAUGGGGUGGUGAGGUUUGGAGGUGUUGCAACAGAGAAAGUGGUGGGAGAGAAGGUGGAGAAGCUGAAGAAGAGUUUGGAAAAAGAUGGUUAUAAGGUCAUUGGGGAAUUCUUGCUAGCAAGGUAUAACCCACCUUGGAGGACUUUACCUAUGUUUAGGACUAAUGAGGUUAUGAUCCCAAUUGAGUGAGGCCAUCUGAGUUUGUAAAACUUCUUGGGUUUUGUUUUGUCAAAGAAAUAAUAGCUAUAAAUAAACACAAGUUAGUUUGUUCCAAAUUCUGCUUAUUUUCAUUAAGUUCAGAAACCUAUAUAUACAAUAUUUGGCUUGUGCUUUUAAGCUUUUUACUUUUGAGUGACAUUAGAGCAAGUGUGUCCUUGAGUCAAUUAUGUCCAUUGGCACAGCAAGUAAUCCUAGUCCAAAAUGGAUCAAGAAAUAAGUUAUAAUAAGUACAGAGUUGGUUCUAAAUUAGUGGAAAGAAACCAACUGAAUUAUUACAUACACUUAUGGGUAUGAGAGUUGUAAUUCAAAUUUUAAUAAAUGGUCUUAUUAUAUGAGAGUUGUAAUUCCAAUUUU